AUGCCACCGACGUCUCAUCAAUUCUUUCAUUUUACUCCAGUCAUGAUGAAGAAUAUAAAGGAAGCGGCAACUUGUGGUGGGUUCGAUAAGGAUGGGGUCAACGAAUUUUCAUAUGUGAGUACCAUCGACGCUAUUACAGCGUUGUUCACUGUGCUAAUGUCGACUGCCUGCGAAUUACGCAGGAAAUGUCGUCUGCAGCGCAGGCGACGAAAGCUCGCUCGACGCCUGCGAGAAUCGAUUAUACAGAGUGACGAAAUCUUUUUGCGCGACGCUAUCAACUUCCUGGCAGAGCACAGCAACGCCGGUUGUGUUCAGCUGAGCAAUAACUUCUUGUUUGGGCCUGACCUCGUGUUUUCGUCGUGGGUGCACUUGGGCAUGUACAAUGCCGAAUUCGACGGUACACAUCCGUGGUAUGCAUCCUUCCCUCGAAUGACAUGCUAUGACGGCCGUGUAAUCAUCACGGAGGCCCAAAAAGGUGGCGAAGGGAUCGAUGUGGGUGUAUUUCUUGUAAGUAAAGCCAUGGAGAAACUCAAGAAGAUGUUUUCCGAGGUGUCGUAUCUGUACGAGAGGCCGAUUUUAGUGAUGAUGAAGUACAAGAUUGAAAACGUUAGUGCCAUCGCAAGUUUACUAUGA